AUGGAUUCCACAGCUCUUCAAUAUGAAAACCAAAAGUUGGUGCAACAACUGGAGGCACAGAAGUCUGAAAUGCAUGCAUUGGGGUGCAAGUUCAAGGAGCUGAGAGAUGAGCAAUGUUUUUAUGACAAGACUCUGAUUUCUUUGAAUAAACUGUGGAACCAGCUGAUUGAUGAUUUGGUUCUGCUUGGAGUACGGGUUGGUGGGGAUUUGGAUAAUUUGCAAGCACUUGACCAUGAAGAGUUAUCAGAAGAAUCUUUGGAGUCGUGUCCUUCUGAGGAGAUAUUUCUCUUAAGGCUCUUGAAGUCAAACAACAUCAGAGAUAAUAGUGACACUAGCUUGUUGGAAUUUGUUGAAGAAGCUCUUGCUUUUCGGUGUUCAGCAACUGUUACUCUGAUGAAGUCCCUGCAAGAGACUAUUUCUUCACAGCAAGCUAGAAGUGAAUCUUUGUCUUUAGAUUUGAAUGGACAGAAGUCAAAUGAAGAUGUUAUUGUUGCCCUUCAAAAUCAUAAUGAUUGCUUGAAAGAGGUGGCUGAGAAUGCGAGUCAAGCUAUCUCUAUUAUCAAUGAGAAGCACAAAAGGUAUCUUGAUGAGAUUGAGGCUUUUAAAAGCAACCAUUCAAGUGAUCUACAGGAAAUCAAUCGUAUUUCAGGUGAGCUAGAGGAAAGCACUGCAGAGCUUGAGGAAAGUCGAAGGAAGUUGGUUGUGCUCCAGUUGCAGAGGCAUGGUUCUGUAAUGGAUGCAUCCGGGGCAAAUGCUGUGAAUGGUGGUAUUUCUACUCAUAAAUCUUCAGAUAAAAGUAUGAGCUGGCAAGACCUCAAAGAUGCUGUUGACGCAGCUAAGACCCUCUCAGGAAACCGUCUAUUAGAACUCCAUCAGACUCAAGAGGAUAAUCUGAUACUAUCCAAGGAGCUGGGAGAUCUUGAGGGGCAAUUGAAAGAUGAGAAGUAUGUCUUGGUAUCCAAACCAUACAUGAUUCUUAAUGAUAAACUACAGCAUCUGAAUGCUGAGAUAGAGCGUUAUAGAGGGUUGGUUGAAGUUUUACAGAAUGACAAGGACCAGCUCAUGCAAAGGGAGAAAGAAAUUUGUGCAAAAUCAGAAUCAGUCGACAGUAUUAAACAAACCAUUACCACAUAUGAGACCAAAAUUGAAGAAUUGGAAACUCAAAUUCAGAUACUCUUUUCUGAAAAGAAUGAUCUUGAAACCAAGGUUGAGGAGACUUUGCAAGAUUCAGGUAAGAAAGACUUCAAGGAUGAGAUUCAUGUUAUGGCCGCAGCACUCUCCAAUGAACUGGGUAUGAUGGAGAAUCAGUUGAGUCGAUCAAAGGAUGCAGCUUCUGAAGCACUUGCAUUGCGUGAGCAAGCAGAAUCACUCAGAUCAUUGGUAGCUAAAAAGAUUGAGGAACACAAGAAGAUAUCCAAUAAAUACAACUCACAAGUAAUUGAGAUCAAGUCCCUCAAGGCAUUGGUUGAGGAGUUGGAGCAGGAAAAGCAGGAGCUGGAGUUUAUUGCAGAUAUGUACGCGAAAGAAAGUUCUGAGUCAAGGACAAUUGCUGAUAUUGAAGAAUCAGAAACCCGAGCUCGCAGUCAGGCUGAAUAUUUGAGGAGCAAUCUAGAGGAGCAUAGUCUUGAGCUUCGGGUUAAAGCAGCAAAUGAAGCUGAAGCUGCAUGCCAGCAAAGGCUUUCCUUUGCUGAAGUGGAGCUAGAGGAGUUAAGGACCAAAGUAGAUGCAUCUGAAAGAGAUGUUGUGGAACUUAAGGAGGCAAUAAGAAUUAAAGAGGCUGAAGGAGAUGCCUAUAUUUCUGAUAUCGAGGCAAUUGGUCAAGCAUAUGAAGACAUGCAAACGCAAAAUCAGCAUCUUCUUCAACAGCUUACUGACAGAGAUGACUUUAACAUAAAGCUAGUAUCAGAUAGUGUGAAGAUGAAACAAGCUUGUAGCUCCCUUCUCUCUGACAAGCUUAUGCUAGAGAAGCAACUCCAACAAGUUAACACUUCACUGGAAUCAUCUAAACUGAAAAUUGCCCGUGGUGAAGAGCAGAUGAACACUUGUGUAGCGCAAGCUAUAAAAACUUCAGCUGAAAACAGGCAUCUUACUAUUAGCCUGGAAAGGAUUGUGCUGGAGGUAUCCAACACAGAUAAGGAACUCAAGUGGCUUCGCUCCUCUGUUGGAUCCUCUGAGAAAGAAUAUGAGCAAACUCAGCAAAAGAUAUCUGAGCUGAGAGCAUUGCUGGAGCAUGAGAGGAAUGAGAGGCGGCGGCUUGAAGAACAAUAUGAAGAGGUGAAAAAUGAAGUUAUGGAGCUGACCUCUGAGACUGAAGAGACUACUAUCCAGAAACUUCAGGAUGAAAUAAAAGAAUGCAAGGCUAUUCUCAAGUGUGGUGUCUGCUUUGACCGGCCUAAAGAGAGGUCUACACCAUUCUUACCUCUUUGUAUCUCUGGUUGUUGGAUGAACAGUUUUGCUGCCUAA